AUGUCCUACCCGCAGUUUGGAUACCCUUAUUCCUCUGCUCCCCAGUUCCUGAUGACCACCAACUCCCUGAGCACGUGUUGCGAGUCUGGUGGCCGCACACUGGCUGACUCCGGGCCUUCGGCCUCAGCCCAGGCACCUGUCUACUGCCCUGUCUACGAGAGCCGGCUGCUGGCCACCGCACGCCACGAACUCAAUUCAGCAGCUGCGCUCGGCGUCUACGGGAGCCCCUACGGCAGCUCGCAGGGCUACGGAAACUACGUGACUUACGGCUCUGAGGCGUCCGCUUUCUACUCGCUGAACAGUUUCGAGUCCAAGGACGGCACGGGGUCUUCACACGCCGGCCUAGCGCCCACCGCUGCUGCAGCCUACUACCCAUAUGAGCCAGCUCUGGGCCAGUACCCAUACGACAGGUACGGGACCGUGGACAGCGGCACGCGGCGCAAGAAUGCCACCCGGGAGACCACGAGCACGCUGAAGGCCUGGCUGCAGGAGCACCGGAAGAACCCGUACCCCACCAAGGGAGAGAAGAUUAUGCUGGCCAUCAUCACCAAGAUGACCCUCACACAGGUCUCCACCUGGUUCGCCAAUGCGCGCCGGCGCCUCAAAAAGGAAAACAAGAUGACCUGGCCUCCUCGAAAUAAGUGCUCAGACGAGAAGCGGACCUACGGGGAGGGUGAGGAGGAGGAUGCGGUCGAGGAGGAGUCAAGGGAGGAGCCUCUCAAGAGUGCCAAGAGCGAAGGUCCCGUUGGCAAAGACGACAAGGAGUUAGAACUCAGUGACCUGGAAGAUUUCGACCCUCUAGAUGCAGAGACCUCAGAGUGCGAUCUGAAGACGCCCUUCCAGCCCCUGGACAACGGACCAGAGAGGAUUCCUGUCUCAUCUGAUGGCCCUGGCCCAGGCAAGGAGGCCUCCACCACACUCCGGAUGCCUCUGGGCACCGCUGGUGGAGCUGCCAUAGAUGAGGACCUGGAGAGGGGCCGAAGCUGCCUCCGGAGCACAGUGGUUGCCCCAGGUUCUGGUGCUGAGGGCGGCCCACAGGCCUGCGAAGCCAAACUGAGCUUUGCCCCAGCGGGGGCGCCGCCGAGCCUCGAGACCAAGCCGCGCAUCUGGUCCUUGGCUCACACAGCCACCGCUGCCGCAGCCACAGCGCUGAACCAGACUGAGUUUCCCUCUUGCAUGCUGAAACGCCAAGGUCCGGCGGGGGCAUCCUCAGCGCCGCCGGCGUCCUCGCCUGCAGUCUCAGCCCCCUCGGGAGCCCUAGAAAGGCACCAGGACUCCCCAGUAACUAGUCUCAGAAACUGGGUGGACGGGGUAUUUCAUGAUCCCAUCCUUAGGCACAGCACUUUGAACCAGGCCUGGGCCACCGCUAAGGGCGCACUUCUGGAUCCCGGCCCUCUAGGACGUUCUCUGGGGGCGGGUGCCAACGUACUGACUACGCCCCUGGCCUGCUCCUUCCCGCCCACGGUGCAUCAAGAUGCCCCACCUGUGGGGGCUGCCCGGGAGCUGCUGGCUACUCCCAAAACCGGUGGCAAACCCUACUGCACUUAA